AUGGAGUAGAAUCUUGCGGGUUGCGGCCACAUGAUAAAACCGGCUCUAUAAUAGUAAAACAGACUCUUCACUCUGUAUCAUCGAGGUCAACCACUUGUUCUCUUCACAAGUCACAACACACCAGGGAUUGAUGACGACUAUGAUGAUUGUCAAGCCUCUCCACUUGUUUCAAACUUCCAACACCACUGCUGCAACUAAAACAAGCCCAUUCUCACAAUCCCCUCGAUCGCUUUCAAAAAUAUCUUGUGUUUCAUCACCACAGACUCCUACUCGGUUAUUAGUUGAUGAAUUCAAUCCUAAAAUCCCAAUUGAAAAAGCGCUGACCCCACCUAGCUCUUGGUACACUCACCCUUCUUUUCUUUCUCUUGAACUUGAUCGCGUCUUUUACAAGGGCUGGCAGGCCGUAGGGUAUAGUGAGCAGGUUAAAGAAGUAGGCGAUUUCUUCACUGGCAGGUUAGGAAACAUAGAGUAUGUGGUGUGUCGAGAUGAUAAUGGUGAACUACAUGCAUUUCACAAUGUAUGCCGCCAUCAUGCCUCCCUUAUUGCGUUUGAAAGUGGCAAGAAGGCUUGCUUUACUUGCCCAUAUCAUGGAUGGACAUAUGGAUUAGAUGGAACACUUCUCAAGGCAACUAGAAUCACGGGUAUUCAGAAUUUCAACGUUAAAGAAUUCGGAUUGGUUCCCCUCGGAGUAGCUAGUUGGGGACCAUUUAUUCUUCUGAAUUUAGAAUCUGAACACUUUCCACAUCAACAAUCUCUUGAUAAUGUGGGUACUGAAUGGCUUGGUAGUGCAUCAGAGAUCCUGAGUGUCAAUGGAGUGGAUUCAUCACUGAGUUAUCUGUGUAGACAGGAAUACAUCAUUGAAUGCAACUGGAAGGUAUUUUGCGACAACUACUUGGAUGGUGGAUAUCAUGUCCCAUAUGCACAUAAAGGUCUUGCAUCUGGCCUUAAUCUUGAAUCAUAUUCCACCUCAGUAUUUGAGAAGGUUAGUAUACAAAGGUGUUAUAGUGGUCAAGUGGAUAGUCACGAGGAUACUGAUCGGCUUGGAUCAAAAGCUCUAUAUGCUUUUAUUUAUCCCAACUUUAUGAUUAAUAGAUAUGGGCCCUGGAUGGAUACUAAUCUAGUACUACCCCUUGGACCGCGGAAAUGCCAAGUGAUAUUUGAUUACUUUCUUGAUCCCAAUCUUAAGGAUGACAAAGAAUUCAUUGAAAGUAGUCUGAAAGACAGCGAGAACGUCCAGGAUGAAGAUACGUUUUUAUGUGAAGCUGUUCAGAAAGGUCUUGAAUCACCUGCAUAUUCAAGUGGCCGCUAUGCACCAGCCAUUGAGAAAGCCAUGCAUCACUUUCAUUGCCUGUUGCACAAGAAUCUCGUAAAUGAGUAACUGAAAUUGUAGAGACUAUAGAGAGCUGGGAUGAUUGGAUAGUUCAUUCUCUUACUUAUAUGGAACUUGUUAGCAAGUUCGUUCUGAUAACAUGACUACUUAAAUAUUUAUGGUCAUGUUCUGCCCACUGCUGGUUUUAUGUUUGGACGUGAGAUGCAUCAUACAUGUUCGUUCCUCUGUUGUUUUC